AUGCACAGCCUGCCAUUGUCUCUGUCAUACCGCAAGUUCAUCCACCGACUCAACGUCGCCAUACUCGCGAAAAGAAGUCGCAGCUCCAGGCUGGAAGUCUACAAUCCCAUGUUACUGGGACGAUUGACCUCGCAAAUGCAAACAACCUUUCCAAACCUUCAUGGUAUAACUUUGACGCUGUGUAUCUUGGGCCCAAAGAACCCCCCCGAGUAUUAUAACUGUCGUACUUGUGUCUUACCUGAUCUGGCUCUGAAUUCAUUCUGGAACGCCAAGAUCAGUGGCAUCAACCUUCAGAUGGGGGCUCAUUACACUGUGAAAAUCUGCGAGUUGACUCGAGAAGCUCUAGAACAUGAAUUUGGGUGGAUGUAUGAGCUGCCAGCUUUGAGAUGGAUCGACAUCUAUUGCCAAACGGCACUUUCGCAUGCUUCAUACAACACAUGGGUCGCCGGCCCAGGUGAAUUGACUGCCCGAAGCCAGCGAGUCCAGCGCGAUUCAACGAGAAUCAGACAGCAACUGCGAAUGGAAAGGGCUGCUCUCGGAGCUCUCGUCGAGGCAUUACCUGUCCUUCUCCCAAAUCUAUCCAUAAAUAUCUAUCGGAAAUCGACAUGGCGAACUAGCGUUGUCUCCUAUGAGCCUCUGGACCUCAAUACGCCAGAGGAAACGAUCAUCCCACGGCUUAUGCGUGAUAGAACGAUUGGGGCUGAAUAG